UUGUUCUUUAAGAAAAGUGACAACGCUCUCUUGAAGAACUACAGACCGAUUUCCCUUCUGAGCCGCGUCUACGUGCUGUUUUCGAGAGUCAUUACGAAUCGUCUCGCACGCAGACUCGACGACUUCCAGCCUACCGAACAAGCCGGUUGCCGAAAAGGCUUCAGUACCAUAGACCACAUACAUACCCUGCGGCAGAUUAUACAGAAGACCGAAGAGUACAAUCUGCCACUUUGCCUGGCGUAUGUGGACUAUGAGAAAACCUUUGAUUCCGUCGAAAUUUGGGCGGUGCUACAGUCUCUUCAGCGGUGCCAAGUUGACUGUCGGUAUAUCAAAGUGCUGAAGUGUUUGUACAGUAGGGCUACGAUGGCAAUCCGAGUACAGAACCAGAGUUCGAAACCUAUCCAACUGCAGAGAGGUGUAAGACAGGGUGACGUUAUAUCCCCGAAACUCUUCACCGCUGCAUUGGAAGACGUUUUCAAGCUACUGGACUGGAAAGGAUACGGUAUUAACAUCAAUGGCGAGUACAUCACUCACCUUCGAUUUGCCGACGAUAUAGUCAUUAUGGCAGAAUCGCUGGAGAACCUAGGCACUAUGCUCAAUGACCUCAAUGGUGUCUCCCAACGGAUAGGUCUUAAGAUGAACAUGGACAAAACAAAGAUCAUGUUUAAUGUCCAUGUCACACCUAUGCCGGUAGUUGUUGGGAGCACUAUGCUCGAAGUUGUUGACGAGUACGUGUACCUGGGACAAAUAGUCCGACUAGGUAAGUCCAACUUCGACUUAGAGGUCAAUCGACGGAUUCAACUCGGCUGGGCAGCGUUCGGGAAAUUACGACACAUCUUCUCCUCAGGUAUACCUCAAUCUCUGAAAACUAAAGUGUACAACCAGUGCGUGUUGCCAGUGAUGACUUACGGAUCAGAGACGUGGUCCUUCACUGCUGACCGUAUGAGGACGCUUAAGGUCGCUCAGCGAGCUAUGGAGAGGGCUAUGCUCUCAAUCUCCGCAGUAAAACCAGAGUGA